AUGGCGGCCCGCCGGAUGAUCCCUUGGCUGUACGACCUCGUCCUGUGGCUCUUCACCUGGGCCCUGGACCUCUUUUUCCGCGAGAUCUACCCUCGUGGAGCUUGGAGAAUCCCUGAAAGAGGUCCUGUGCUGAUUGUCGCUGCCCCUCAUGCUAAUCAAUUCGUCGACUCGGCGAUUUUGAUGCACCUGCUGAAGUCGCAGGCUAAGCGACGCGUGUCCUUCCUGAUCGCGCAGAAAUCUAUGAAUGAGCCCUAUAUCGGGACUCUGGCAUCAUGCAUGGGCGCUCUCCCAGUUGUCCGAUCGAUGGAUCUGACCAAGCCUGGCAAGGGAACCAUCUAUCAACCCGAUCCCGAGAGUGAUCCGGCUCUUAUUCAUGGCGUCGAUACCGAUUUCACGCAACCUGAAUUUACGCCUAGUGGUUCGCUCACGAUCAAAGGCAAGGAUGCACCGGAAACUGCUUCAAUUGAUGAAAUUCUCGGGCCGACUUCCCUUCGGCUCAAGAAGCCGUUCAACUCUCGGCUUUCGGAUGAUCCGGGCCGUAAAGGCACGCGGUUCAAGGUUGCUCCUCAUGUUGAUCAAAGCCAGAUGUUUGACGCCGUGUACAAGGAGCUGUCCUCGGGAGGCUGCAUUGGCAUCUUCCCAGAGGGUGGUUCCCACGAUCGCUCCAACUUGUUGCCCUUGAAGGCGGGUGCUGCGCUGAUGUCACUCGGCGCUCUGGCCCGGGAUCCGGAGUGUGGCCUGUCUAUCAUCCCUUGUGGUAUGAACUAUUUCCAUGCCCACAAGUUCCGGUCGCGUGGUGUCAUUGAGUUUGGCCGGCCCAUCCAUGUGCAUCCCGAUCAGGUUGCUGCCUUUAAGGCUGGUGGCGCUAGUAAGCGUAAUGCCGUUGGCUCUCUGCUCGAAACGAUUUAUGAGGGCCUCGAAUCUGUCACACAGAUCAGCCCGGAUCACGAGACCCUCAUCUUGGUGCAAUCCACUAGAAAGCUUUACAACCCUAUCAGCAAGAAAAUCCCGCUUCCCCUGGUGAUUGAAUUCAAUCGGAGACUCCUGAAAGGAUACACCAAACACCAGGAUGAUCCCAGAGUCAAGGGUCUAAAAAAGAUGGUGAAAGAGUACAAUCGACGCUUGGAAUCGCUAGGUAUCAGAGAUCACCAAGUUGAAUGGGGCAAUAUCGAGGAGAAACCAUGGUGGCUCACACUGAUCACCCUGUUCUACCGCCUAUGCAAGCUCCUCGUUCUCAGUUUCGGAGUCUUGCCAGGAGUACUGCUCUUCUGGCCUGUCUUUGUCACGACCAAGGUCAUCUCGGAAAAGAAACGACGCAAGGCACUUGCUGCUUCAGUGGUCAAACUGCAAGGACACGAUGUCGUCGGGACUUGGAAGAUUCUCGUUGCUAUGGGGCUGGCACCCACUCUUUACGUCUACUAUACCAUCAUUGUGACAGCCUGGCUUCGCUAUAACCGCAAUGAUGGCUACUAUACGAAUUCCGUUCCCUGGUGGAUGGUGGCAAGAACAUAUGUUCCCGAUUUUGUUCCAUUGUGGAUUUUCGCUGUGUGCUUCUACGCCCACAUGGGUUUCGUCAGCUAUGCGGCACUCCGAUUUGGCGAAGUUGGGAUGGACAUCAUCAAAUCUCUUCCCCCGCUUCUGGUCGCUUUGAACCCACUUUCUUCUUCGUUCCUGAUCGACCUGAGACAACACCGAGAGGCGCUGUCAGAACGGGUCACUCAGACAAUCAAUGAUCUUGGUUUCGGCAUUAUGCCGGACGUCGAUGCCGAGAUUCCUACGGACUCUUACAAACACGACGCUUAUCAGUCUUACCUCAAGAGCAUGCCACCCAGUGAGCCAUCCAGUCGGGAACGCAGUCGCAGCAGGUCCAAUGGCCCUGGUGGUGCUCCUUCUUUGAAGGCGCUUAGCUCGAUUAACUCGGAAGGAGAUCUGGCGGAGAUUGAUCGAAAGAUCCAGACCAAUUUGAAGGGGAGAGGCAGACGGUCGAAUACUCUGACUACUUUUGAGACCGGCGAGUCGAUUCUUAAAUACAAGCCGCUUAUGACUGCGAAUGAGGAGAAGAAGAAGCGGAAGUGA